AUGGCAAAUACAUUGUCUGUAGCGGGCUUGAUGGAACGAUGCGCGUUUUGUGUGCUAAGAUCAUGUUUUGGUCUUGUUUCUGGAUCGAUUGAUGGAACACUCCGAGUCUGGGACGUUGUCGACGGGAAAUGCCUUCAAAUUUGGGUUGUCGGGGCGGGGGUGUGUUUUGUGGAAUUUGAUGGCGAGCGGGUUGUAUCUGGUGGUCAUGAUUUUACCAUAAAGGUUUGGAAUGUACACGCGAAGGAGUAUUUGCACACGCUGACGGGUCACACGGAGCCAUUAGAUUCACUUUUGUUUGAGCCAGAGCGCGAUCUUGUCGUGUCGGGUAGUAAUGACGGAACGAUUCGCGUCUGGGAUGUGCAAAGAGGAACAUGCCUCGCACAUUUUGCCUUUCAUGAAAGGUCACGUCGGCUCAGUGGUUGGUUUGGGAUGCAGCUUCGCGGGAACACUUUGGUCCUCUAUUACGACUCGGACAUUUGGGUUUGGGACAUUCGUGAGGGUGGCUCAUGCAUUCGCCACUUACAUGGCGGAAAUUGUCGUACGGAGAACAUCACUUCAAUGCAAUGGCUCGACUCCGGACUUUUGGUGACAGGUUCGAUGAAUGGCUCGGUGAAGCUGUGGGAUGUGCAGAAAGGUACCUUCGUUCGGGAGCUCGUUCGAUCUCGUUCGGGUGACCCUGGCCGUUAUUAUUAUAAUCUCGAAGCCUCUGAAACAUUACUCCAACGGAUCGCCAUCGUCCAUCAGAUCACCGGUUUCCUCCUCCGCAACUCCGAGAUCGAUUUUCGGGACUUUCGAAGGCAACAAUUCGUUCUCAACGCCGAGCUCAUCCCGUUAUUCGUCGACUUUGAUGAUGUUGUCGAGAAGGGGAACGGCGGCGAUGACGCAAAAACAGCCACUCAAAUCUAUCGAUCAAUGAUUUACGAGUUUCUCGCCGUUGGAGCAAACGAGACCCAGCUCUCCACCCUUCGUGACCUCGAUCAAGUACACGACCGUGGCCAGCUCUCCGUUCAUCUUCUAGACGAUUUUUUGAGUAGAUUG